CCCUCCCCUUGCCUUCACACUCCCCCUCCAUUGUCCAAAAAAGCAAAAAAAAUCAUGUACAAGAAUUGGGUAAAAGAAAAAGGGACGGGCCAGAAUCAGGCAGUUUUGAACCAGUACAUGGCGAGGGACGUGCCCCAGUCAGGACGAUGUACCUCUACAUCGGACCCCUCGAGAGGGAAAAGGAAGAAGCUGGGAGAAAACCAAAAGCAUGAGAGGAGGGUGCAGAGAGCAACAUCAUCAUGGCUAGGGCAAUGGUCUACCGGUGGUCCAACACGACCCUCCCCACCAAGAGGGGGUUAUGUCCAACCCGGGUUCUGUCUCGUGUUCAUCGCUUUCGUCACUGUUUUCUCGCAGGGCCACCUCGGUCUCGCAGAUUCCUCACUUGGCCCAGGCGCCAUCGUGAACAGCCUCUCCCAAUCGCAUCUUGCCAAAGCGGCCGGCUGGUUCCUGGCUGCUUCACCCCUCGUUCCCUGGAUGGGUUAAAGGAGUGAACUGCCGGUUAAUGCUAUUUCGUCCGUCCGACAACUAAGAGAGAAGG